AAAAGAAUGAAUCAAAACAUUAGAAUAAAAUAGAAAAUUGUGCAAAAAGUCCCUUCAACAUUGCCAUUUAUUGCUUACGUCGAUUUGGUUGUGUUUUUUUCGUGCAAUGGAUGUACUAAAUAAGUUUGUAUCAACGGUAAGCAGUACUGUAUCGCAGCUAUCUAGUGUAUUGCCUGGCAAUCCGGUUUCGAAAGACUUUGAAAUCGGUGAACAUAUUGCGAGUGCUGGUCCAGGUUUAUGUUGGAAGGUAUACAAAGGAACGAAGCGAUCGACAAAGCAGAAUGUGUCAAUAUUCGUGUUUGACAAAAAUCAAUUGAAGUAUAUAAAAGAAGAUCGUGAUGUCAUUUUGGAUGUUUUGAAACGUGGUGUGAUUCAGUUGACAAAAAUCCGUCAUCCACGUGUACUAACCGUUCAACAUCCGCUGGAAGAGAGUCGAGACUCUCUUGCAUUUGUUACCGAACCGAUUUUAGCUAGUCUUGCAAAUUAUUUGGGUAAUUAUUCGAAUAUGCCAUCACCGACGGAGCAAACACAAUUUCCAUCGUUGCAUGAUAUUGAAAUUAAAUACGGUCUAAUGCAAUUGAUGGAAGGUCUUCAGUUCCUACACGCCGAUAUGAAAAUGAUACAUCGGAAUAUUUGCCCCGAGUCAAUUGUUAUUAACAGUGAAAAUUGUUGGAAAAUAUUCGGUUUCGAUUAUUGCUGUCUAUUGACGGUGGACCAAGAAACUGGAAAGAUCGGCGGCACACAACAAACAGCAUAUGUUCAAUGCAAUCGAGUUAGUUUACUUCAACCACUUUUGGACUAUGCAGCACCCGAAUGGAUUAUUGAUUCGCAACAAUUUUGUCCGAGCGACGUUUAUUCACUGGGCGUUCUCAUCUAUAGCAUUCAUUCGGCGAAUAAAAAACCAUUCAAGCUGUUCGGCACGAAUUUGGAAUCGUACAAAGCAUUUGCCAUGGACUUAAAAUUCGGAAAAUUUCCGACAUUGACUUGCAUUCCAUCAGGGAUUGUCGAUAAUGUACGAUUGAUGUUGCACUACAAUCCAGAUACACGACCAAACUUGUAUGAAUUGUUGAAGAUUUCCUACUUCGAUGAUUUCGGUGUGAAAACAUUGAGCUAUUUAGAGUCACUCUAUCAAUGGGAUAAUUUACAAAAAUCGAAGUUCUUCAAAGGCCUGCCACAAAUUCUGGAAAAAUUCCCCGAGCGUUUGAAUCGCAAACAAAUCUUACCGUGUUUGAUUAAGGAAUUUGUGAAUGCCACCAUGAUUCCAUUUGUGUUGCCAAAUGUUUUGUUAAUUGCUCAAAAUUGUCCGUCGCAAACCGAAUAUUUGGCUGAUAUUCAACGUCAUUUACUUCCAAUCAUGAAAAUCGAACAACCAAUUCAUAUUUUGUUGAUUUUCAUGCAAAAUAUGGAACUGCUGAUCAAAUUAAGUACAUUACAAGUGAUAAAAAAUGAUUUAUUGUCGCUGUGUAAUCGUGCUCUCGAAAGCGAUGUCAAAGAAAUACAAGAGCUCUGUCUAAAUAUUUUGCCAACGAUGGCCACACAUAUCGAUUAUGCCGUAUUGAAAAAUGCCAUUUUUCCACGAUUGAAAAAAAUGUGCCUUACCACACAAAACUCAUCGAUUAAAGUAAACAGUCUCAUUUGUUUAGGAAAGUUACUCGAAUAUUUUGAUAAAUGGUUUGCACUCGAUGAAAUUAUACCAUUUUUAACACAAAUUCCAUCACGAGAUCCAGCCGUUAUGAUGGCUAUUAUCGGCAUUUUUAAACUGAUAAUGAGCCACAAGAAACUUGGAAUGACGAAAGAAAUAAUGGCAACUAAAGUUAUACCAUUUUUAGUUCCACUUAGUAUUGAAAAUGGAUUGACCAUUCAACAAUUUAACGCAAUAAUGACAAUGGUGAAAGAGAUUAUAACGACCAUUGAAACUGAACACAAAUUGAGACUCGAACAAUUGAAUUCGGUGCGACAAGAUACGAAAACGAUCGAAGGAAUUGCAACAAAAUCAUUCCCUGAGUUCAAUAUGAAUGAUUUCCAGUCGUCUUGUUUGAAUAAUGACAAUUCUCCAGCACAACCAUCGAAAAAUGUCAACGAGGUUCUAAUGCCGUUAUCUAUGAGCAUGCCGACCAUUGCCACACCGACACCCAAACCAGCACCACAAUUAAAGGAUCUGACAUCAAGUUUACAAAAAACAUCAAUAACACCAUCACCCAGUUUUCCAUCACAAUUGGGAGCUAAUAAACCCAUGACGAUGACAUCAACCAUUGCACCAGCUCAGCCGUCUAUGAAUUUGAAUAGCAAUUUUCUUGCUGGCUUUGGACAAAUUGGUUCAACCGCAAAGAGUAUGCCAAUGAAUCAAAUGAUGUCAACCACACCAUCGACAUUUUUAUCCACUCAAUCAGCAUCUUCAUUCCAAAACAGUGCCAAUAGUUUAUCAACACUCAGCCCAAUCAUGUCAAAUCAAUCUAGCUCAGCGAAAAAAGAAAAUACAGUUGCAUUAUCCGCACAGGAAAUUAACGAUUUUCUUAGUUAGACAGAUAACAUUAUCAACUGACAACUUUAAUAACAUUAUUAUUCUUGUUCGGUCCAAGUACUUUAAUUUGCUUUGUAAAAUUCAUUCCGUAUAUGUAUAUUAUUCAUUUGGAUUUAUAAGUGAUAUUUUAUCUAGGGGGAGACACGGGCUUUAAUAUUGCUAAUUUUUCCAAUUUUUAGUAUGUU